AUGCGCGGCUCCCUGACUCUCAUCGCCUCUUUGGCAGCGCUGAGUUCCGUCACUCAGGCCUGGCUACCGAGUCAAGUUUCCAGGACUGUCACAGGCCGCCGCGGCCUCACGGUAGUGGAGCCCUAUUCGCCAGCGAGGAGAUGGAUGCUGAGCAGCAAAAUUCGAGGCGUCAACCUGGGCUGUCUGUUCAUCAUCGAGAAGUGGCUCUGCCCGGAUGAGUGGAACACCAUCGGGUGCUCGGACCAGAACGAUGAGUUCAACUGCGUCGCCAAGUUGGGACAAGAGCAGGCCAACAGCAAGUUUCAGAACCACUGGGGGAGCUGGAUCACGGAGGACGACUUCGACAAGAUGAACAGCCUGAACCUCAAUGCGGUCCGCAUCCCCAUCGGCUUCUGGAUGGACGAGGGCCUGGUCGGCAGCGACGAACACUACCCGCAGGGCGGUGAGAAGUACCUCCUCGACAUUUGUGAAAUGGCAAGCAGCCAUGGCAUGUACAUCAUGCUUGAAAUGCAUGCCGCCCCGGGUGUCCAAACAUCGGAUCAACAGUUCACUGGCCACGUGACUACGGAUGUCGAGUUCUUCAACGACAACAACUACCAGAGAGGCGUCGACUUCCUCACGUACUUGACGAAAUUGGUAGCCAACAACAACCAAACGCGCAACGUGGGCAUGAUAGGCGUCCUGAAUGAGCCGGAGCGAGGCAAUUCCCAUCCAGAUUUGACAAGUGACUUCUAUCCUAAGGCGUACAGCGCGAUUCGCGAGGCCGAAGGCAACCGCUCCGAUAAACUGCACAUCGCCUUCAUGGGCACCAACUGGGGGUCGGGAGACCCCAAGCAGUACCUACCCCCAGGCUACGAAUCCGUCGCCUUCGAAUCCCACCGAUACCAGCGCUGGGAUAGCAGCGUGCAGGUGAAGAAAGCUGCCUACAUCAACGAUGCAUGCACGAACGACCAGACCGCCGAUGGGGAGACGCCGACGCUCGUCACCGAGUGGUGCAUCGAACCGCCCGAUAAUGUCUGGGAUCCUGACGCCAACGAGGAGUUCUACAAGAAGUGGUUCGCCGCGCAGGUCAUCGGCUUCGAGAAGUACGCGGCCGGGUGGAUGUUCUGGAACUGGAAGUCGGACCUCGACGACUGGCGCUGGGACUACAGCAAAGCGGCGGAUGCACUCAUCAUCCCGAGCGAUCUGGACAACAUGACGACGAACUCGGGUGCGUGCUCCACAGGUUCGGGGUCCACCUACGGACACUGGCCGUAA